CGCUGCCGUCAUCGACGUUGCAACCAUUGACGGAGGUAUGUCCGACUCUACGGUUUUCCAACUCAGUGUCGACGAGAAGAAGUAUAUAAUUGAAUCACAAACAAAUCCCCUGUUACGCGAGCAGGAAGGGAAAUUUCUCGGUUCAGUGGAGAGUGGGGAUUUGGAACAAGUAAAAAACAUUUUACAGCACGAAAAUGUGAACGUGAACUGUGUUGGUAGACGGAGUAACCAGUCGAUAUCUGCUCUGCAACUUGCUGCGGAGAAAGACGACUUUCACAUGGUGAAGCUGCUGUUGGAGUGUGGGGCGGAGAGACUACAAAAACCACUGUCCCCAAAUGCUAACGAAGACGUGAUCGAUGACGAGAUUAGACUAGCAAUGUACCGCGCCCUCUCGAGCCCGUCUUAUAUUGGUUUGACCUAUGAUGACCCAGUGAUGGCAAUAUUCACAUUGUCUGAAGACAUAAAGAAUUUAACACAACAUAGAGAAAUUCAGGAUACUUCAAAGCUUGCAUACCUUGAUGUAUUACAACGAACCCAGAAAUUUGCUGUCGAGCUUCUUGACCAUUGCAACAACUCGGGCGAAGUACUGACGUUACUUAAUGGUCGACAAUGCAAGGGUGGCAAAUAUGUCCACAAUGAGCUACCUCCUUUGAAAAUACUGAGGAGUGCUAUGACAACUGUUCAAAAAGAGUUUGUUGCUCAUCAUAAAUGCCAGAAAGUUGUAAAGAGAGAAUGGCUACGCGAUGAACCACACUGGCACACCAGAAACGGCAUUGGUUGGAACCUUCUGUAUGCUCUAUACUGUUUCUUAGUGCACCUUUGUCUUACAUUUAUUGGGCCAAUAUUAUUUCAGUUCGUUGCAAUGAGCGGUGAUGUUAUAAGGUUCUUGAUCAUCUUUGCAUUUGUAGUCGGCUCAUUCUCACUUGGCUUUUACAACCUCUACCACGGCAGCACGUACAUCAACGUUUUUAGUAGAAUUGAUAGAGCAAUCACUGCGCUACUUACCACCAUCUUUGGAUCGGACUCCGCUGACGAGUUGGAGAUAACAAUAGCAUUCAACGAUUCUUCUGGUAAUACCCAGGAUGCAACUGCUGUAUACAGAACAGCAGGGCACACACUAUAUGCAUCUUUUGGUAUUAUUUCCAUCAUUGUACUGGUGAACAUUUGUAUAGCUAUGAUGUCAGACACAUACUCAAGGUUAAAGGGUAACAUUGACAUGGAAUGGAAAUUUCAGCGCACGCGUAUAUGGUUAGAUCAUUUCGAUCUCCCGGCCUUAUGUCCACCAUUCAAUAUAUUUGCUCCAAUAGUACUAUGUAUCGAACGUAUUCAUCGAAAAUUCUGUCGAAAAAAUGUCGGGAAAUUCACAAGAAAUAGAGUUCACCAACAAUGCAGAACUGGGUUUGCCAGCGGAUGAAUUUGAUCUGUCUUAUGAAACGUUGGUGAGGGUGUUGGUAAGUCGAUACAUGAUUGCACGAUCCGUAAUUAAGCUGGAAGAUCUCGUAACUACGACGGAGAAUGAGUCGGUGAUUCACUGACUCAAAACACAUCAGCUAUAGACAACAAUGGGUCCCCGUCAAGUGAAAUACCAAUUUGAAACUGAAUUUUCGCUAUGUUGUUUGAACAAUCUCAAUUUGUGUUGUUUACAAACAAGUUUUGCUAGUUACAAUACUUAUUUAGAAAGAUGAUAUUUGAAUUGACAUGAAAUAUGAUAGCGUAAAUGGGCAUUUUUGUUUUUUUGACACAAGGGUUAGGAUGUCUAACAUCAAAUCAAAUAAUAUUUUCUAUACUCCUUACAGUGUUAAGAUUAUUACAAUUUAGUACACUAGAUUACAUCUAAUAUAUCUAGGCAUAAUUAUAGGCAAAAUGCUAGCUUAAUGCUUGAUUAUUAAAUGAUUAUGAGCAUACAGUGAAA